ACAGGUGUGGAGCAUCAGUCGCAGAAUCAUCGAGAUGGGUGCUAUAUUUUCUCCAACUCACCAGCUGCUAGUACUGAGCCUGGUCCUCCUUGUAAUUAAUCCUGCCAAAAUCGGAGCCUCGAAAAAGCUGACUAUUCGAAAAUUAGAGAAGUUUAACGAGGAUUCUGAUGAAGUGCACAGCCAUCUGCGGAUCGCCGAGGAUGAGGAGAAUUUGUUGAAGGUCAGCGGCAAACUGAACACACAUGUGGAUAUAGACAACCACUGGAAGAUCUCUGUAAAAGUUAUGAAAGCCGCUUCUCCGGACGACGACUUCCACGAGGUUCUGAAACUUCAAAAAUUGGGCGUUUGCGAUGCAAUGAAGACGUACUACAAGGACUUCUUCUACGAGAAGCUUAAGAAGUAUUCGAAUGCUCCAAGGCCUGAAAAAUGUCCUUUGCCAGCGGAUGAUUAUCAUCUAGACGAUUAUCCUCUGGACGUCAAAAUCAUAAAAAAAUUAUUAUCGCCGGGCUACUACCAAAUUGUAUGCAAACUCCGGAAGGGGGAUGACGUAAAACUGGAAUACCGCGCCGAGAUAGAAAUGGAAUAAUGUCCUCCCAACCCUAUUAUAUGUUAAUCAUAAUUUGAAUUCUAAAAUAAUAUAAUUUUUGAAGCACUGGA